AUGGUAGAAAAACUAGGAUUUAGCCAGACCUACAAAGAAUAUGUUAAAGGAGACUGCAAAGAUAAUCCUGCUGCUGCUAGAUUUGCACAGCGUCUGCUGCAUGAAAGUGAAAAUGUCAGAAUAAUAGAUGGAGGAAUGCCUCUUCAUGAGCCCGUGCUUUACAAGAAGCUUGAUGAUCAGUUUUAUAAUGUCCUUCAUGAAAAAUUUGGUGUGGGAGCUGAUGCAGAACACUUGGUAUCCUACCGGCUAACAAAAGAUCAUGUUACCUUUCACAGUACAAUGUACCCCAGAAGAGGCAAUUCCUGCAGUUACCUCAUAGAGUGCCAUUCGCAUGGAAGGGUGGUCUUUGGCAAAGUUGUGUGUUAUAUUUCUUAUCAAAAUAUAGCUUACGCGUUACUACUGAAAUACAACAUUAUAGGUUUAAAUGUAUGCCAAGGGCUUCCCCUA